AUGUCAUCAAGCACAGAGUGCCUCAAAAAACGUUUAGAACAUUUCCUUUUCGCUUAUCGCAUCACACCCCAUAGCACCACUGGCAAAUCCCCGGGCCAGCUAAUGUUUGGAAGACAACUACAUUGUGUGCUUGACAAUGCCCGACCAAGUGCUAGACGUUCAUUACAAUACAAACAGAUACAAGCAAAUGUUAACUCCGACGGCCAGACUCCAAACUAUAGACCAGGUGAUGCUGUAUAUGUGCGAAGCAGGGAGCAGCCGCGGUGGGAGCCUGCCACAGUAUCUCGACGCACGCAUCGAUACUCCUAUGUCAUUAACACUCCAGUCGGGGUGGAGAGGAGGUAUCACGCAGAUCAUAUACGACCCCGUCUGCCUGAUCUAGAAGAAAGCCCUGCAGAGCAAACUUCUCAAUCAUCUAUGGUCCCAGUUGCCUCAUCGACGCCAGUACUGGGAACCAAUAGAUCCGCAAUGCCUUGCUCAGGGUCAAGAGCUGGAGUGGAACUGGACCCAGAAGUUACUUCAGCUGGCUCACCUCAGAAUGAGGCUCCAGAAGUUACUCCAGCUGGCUCACCUCAGAAUGAGGCUAGCGAGGCCACAGCAGCCACACCGAUGGCACCGCGUCGAAGCAAGCGUGCCAUUAAACCACCUCGUCGGCUAAUUGAUGAGAUGGACAUGUAA